UGUUGCACUUGAACGCAGCACAAGUCGGGCAGCUUUCAGUAAAAAGGCAGACGGAGGAUCCAGCUGCUGUGCGCGAGUGUGCGUGCGCGGAUCUGACACAACUGUUCUCUCCUCUAUCCAAGUUUGGAACAUAAAACUGUUUCGGCGGCGCAGUGGCACUUCAGAGAGUGCUAAAACAUCAUCCGCGACCGCACUCAUGUGAUUUUCCCUGUGUGAACCAUGUCCAAGAGCCUGAAGAAGAGAAAGAACCACUGGACCAACAAAGUCCAUGAGAGUGUUCUUUGUAGGAAUGAGGAGGGGAACCUGGGGCUGCAGCUGAAGGGCGGCGCGGAGAAUGGACAGUUCCCGGUCAUCGGCGAGCUUCUCCCGGACGGACAGUUGUGCCACAGCGGGAAACUCCUCCAGGAUGAACUCUUACUGGAAGUCAAUGAUACCCCCGUGGCUGGACUCACCACUAGAGACGUCCAUGCUGUGGUCCAACACUGUAAAGACCCGGUCCGACUCAAAUGUGUCAAACAAGGUGGUGUUAUAGACAAAGACUUGCGGCACUACCUCAACCUGCGCUUUCAAAAGGGGUCAGUGGAUCACGAGCUGCAGCAGAUCAUCAGAGACAACCUCUACCUCCGCACCAUCCCCUGCACAACCAGGCAGCCCAAGGAAGGAGAGGUCCCGGGGGUGGACUAUAAUUUCGUGACCGUUGACCGGUUUAUGGAAUUGGAGAAAAGUGGCGCCCUGCUAGAAAGUGGAACAUAUGAAGAUAACUUCUACGGCACCCCAAAGCCGCCAGUUGAGCCCAGCGCUCUGUUGCUAAAUGUAACAGACCAGCUCUUGCCCGGCGCCAGACCCAGCUCUGAGGGCAAGAGGAAGCGCAACAAGUCCGUCAGCAACAUGGAAAAGGCCAGCAUCGAGCCCCCUGAAGAGGAGGAGGAGGAGAAGCCCAUCGUCAAUGGCAACGGUGUCGCCAUCACCCCAGAGUCCAGUGAACAUGAGGACAAAAGCGCAGACACUUCAGCGGACCCGGGAUCAGCGCCGACCAACCCAGUACCAGAUACCACCUCUGAGGGGUCCAAGGAUGAAAAACAGUCCCCCCAAACCACAGCUCCCAAACCAGAAGAGAACGAGGAGCUAGGACCCCUGCCCGACAACUGGGAGAUGGCCUACACUGAGAAGGGAGAAGUCUAUUUUAUUGACCACAACACCAAGACGACAUCGUGGCUGGACCCGAGGCUGGCCAAGAAGGCAAAACCGCCAGAGGAAUGCAAAGAAGAUGAGCUUCCAUACGGCUGGGAGAAAAUCGAUGACCCCAUUUACGGCAGCUACUAUGUGGACCACAUAAAUAGAAGGACCCAGUUUGAGAAUCCAGUUUUGGAGGCUAAAAGAAGAAUCCAACAGCAGCAACAGAUGCAAAGCCAGGGUCUGUCCUCAUUGCCGCUCCCCACCAUCUACAGAGUGGAGGAUGUGUGCCCCUUUGCCACCCUACCCAGACCUUUCCUGGCUCAGGUGGGCACGGUGCACGAGCGCUGCCGUAGCAUGAGUGACCUGCCCCGCUCGCCGGCUGCAGGUCGUAGAGCCGCGGCGUUUGGCACGUCCUCCUCCGCCAGUGCCUCCCCACUGCGGCGAGUUUUGACGCGGCGGAUGAAUACGUGUCCCCAUCAGGAGCCACUUCACACCUCUGCCUGCACUGUGCUGCUACAGCAGCCUGUGCUUAGCCCCGAGUCCCUGUGGCACUUUGUCAAGAAACCACCAUUCACCCGGGACCCCACUCAGCUGAAGGGCAGUUUCUUAUCCACGGCUCUGCAAAAGAGCAACAUGGGCUUUGGAUUUACUAUAAUUGGAGGCGACGAGCCAGACGAAUUCCUCCAGGUCAAAAGUGUUAUCCCAGAUGGGCCUGCUGCAGCUGAUGGGAAGAUGGCCACAGGUGAUGUAAUCGUAUACAUUAACGACAUGUGCGUCCUGGGCACCACACAUGCAGAUGUUGUCAAACUUUUUCAGUCCGUCCCAAUUGGUCAGAGUGUCACCAUGGUUUUAUGUCGCGGUUACCCUUUGCCCUAUGACCCAGAGGACGUCACUAACGCCAACAACAACACCACCACGACCAUCAUCUCCCCGCUCGGUAUCAUGGAACAGCGCCCCAUAGUGGUCAACGGGAGAGCCACCUACGACAACUACUUGGACUAUCUUUCCCGUACGGCGCGUUUUGUGACGGAUCCAAGUCAAGAGCAAGUGAACACCCAACAGCUCCUCGCCCCACACCCGGGUGACACCCAUUUGGACGGGUCGCUUCCUGCUGGUACCGGUACCACACCACCAGACAGUGUUUCCAUGGCGUCUUCGGGGCCGACGCAGGGCGAGCUCCUGACUCUGAGCAUGGUGAAAGGAGUGGAUGGGUUUGGGUUCACGAUCGCAGACAGUGCUACGGGGCAGAGGGUGAAGCAGGUGCUGGAGCCUCAGGGCUGUCCCGGUCUGUGUGAGGGGGACCUGAUAGUGGAGAUAAACAAACAGCCCGUACAGGCACUUACACACACGCAGGUGGUGGAGCUGCUGAAGGAGUGUGCCGUGGGAGCAGAGACCAGCCUGGUGGUGCAGAGGGGCGGGACAGGUUACUAUUCCCCCUGGAAGACCACAAAGCAGGUCCUGGAUCAAUGGGAGUCCCAGAGUAGCCCUGCUCAGACCAGCCUAUCUGCCCCUAUUAUCUCCCACAGCGCUCCCUUCUUCCCUCCUCUGCAACUACACAGAGGCUCAGUUCCCGAGACAGCCUCUGAGGCCCUGGUGCUGGCCAAACCUGACCCCUAUGACCUUUAUGAGAAGUCCAGGUCUAUCUAUGAGAAUAGGCAGCCCAACCAAUCGAAGUCUGUUUAUACAAUGGACUCUUCAGGGGUGGAGUACCAGGACAUCGAGGUGCACCUCCGGCGGCAGAAGUCUGGGUUUGGUUUUCGGGUGCUGGGCGGGGAAGAGGCGGGACAGCCUGUGAGUCCAGAGACACGUGAGAAGAUUUUGAUUGGGGCAAUCAUUGAGAAGAGUCCAGCCGAUGUGGAUGGGCGCUUGCGUCCUGGUGAUGAGUUGCUGUUUGUAGACGGGAUCCCGGUGAUGGGGAAGCCACACAGAUACGUCAUUGACCUGAUGCAUGGUGCUGCUCGCAAUGGACAGGUCAACAUGGUCAUCAGGAGAAGAGUGCAACCCGCAGGUGAGCCUUGUGCGGAAAAUGGUCGCAGCUCUGGCUCUGUGUCCACUCAGCACAGCUCCCCCCGCAGUGACUUCACGUAUGGGAACAGCAUUCAGGCUCCUAACUCCUCCACGGGCCUCAGCUCCACUCCAGACGGACCCAAUCAAAACUCACAGCCGCACGAUGUCAUCAUCAACAGGAAGGAGAGCGAGGGCUUUGGUUUCGUUAUCAUCAGCUCGCUCAAUAGACCAGAAGCUGCAGCCACCAACACUGUGCCGCAUAAAAUUGGGCGCAUCAUCGAGGGCAGUCCGGCAGAUCGCAGCGGUAAGCUAAAGGUGGGAGACCGGAUCCUGGCAGUGAACUCUCAGUCGAUUGUCAACAUGCCGCAUGCAGAAAUCGUCAAACUGAUCAAAGACGCAGGACUGACCGUCACGCUUAGGAUCAUACCACAGGAAGAGAUCAGCAAUCCCCCCUCUGCCCCCAGCUCGGAGAAGGAGAGUCCUCUAGCCCAGCAACACAGUCCUGCGACCCAACCAAAUACUACUACUACUCCCACCACUCAACAACCAACUCCCGGGUCAGAGAGUGUCAGCCAGUCAACUCCAGUGCCCCAUCAAAGUCCCGUGAGACCUGCCCCGCCACCGCAGAGUUACCCCCAUGAGGGCAGUUACAGAUCUGAGGUGAAGGCGAGGCAGGAUGUCAAACCAGACAUUCGACAGCCUCCGUUCACAGACUACCGGCAGCCCCCUGUAGACUACCGACACCCCCCAGUGGCCGACUACAGGCAGCCUCCCACUCUGGAGUACAGGCACCCUCCACUGCUCGAUUACCGGCAGUAUGCCAUGCCAGACUACCGCAUGCCUCCAGUGCAGCUCACCCAGGACUUUGACUUCUUCACGGUGGAGCUAGAGAAAAGUGUGAAAGGCUUUGGGUUCAGUAUUCGCGGCGGACGAGAGUAUAAAAUGGACCUUUUUGUGCUGCGGUUGGCAGAGGACGGACCAGCCAUCCGAAAUGGGAGAAUGAGGGUUGGGGACCAGAUCAUAGAGAUUAAUGGGGAGACCACUCGAGACAUGACACAUGCUCGGGCAAUAGAGCUGAUCAAGUCUGGAGGGAGGAGAGUUCGUCUGCUGCUCAAACGAGGAACCGGGCAGGUCCCAGAGUAUGACAAUGCCGGCCCAUGGGAUGUUCGCCCUACAGCCUCCCCAAGCCUGUCUGAAGUAGCCCCGCCCAUUGACAGCCUUUCCAUGCCAUCGCCUCCAUCUCAUCUGGUCCCUGCCCCAGAGCCCCCUUACCUGUCACCUGUGGACAUGCCUCGAGACACCUGCAGCAGGCCGGAGCGAUCUAAGAGCCCUCAGACCAUUGAAGUGUUGAGUCCUGAAGCGAUAAGCAGUCAGGGCAGACGAGCAGGGGGCAGCCGGGCCAAGAAAGAGGGUGGCAGGUCCAUCCACAAAGGCACACACGAUGGGUGCCGAAUGGGGCCAAAACUGACGAAAAGCACCCGUGGGCGUUCAAAGGAGAGAAGUGUAAAGGACAAUAGAGCGCCUGCAUACUCUCCAGGAGGGACCAAGCUGCCCCACACUAAUGGUAAUGGCAACAUGGAGCACUACAGCAGUGGAACUGACCUGGACCAUAAGAAGAUAAGGGAGUUGGAUAGAGGGUUGGGGGAGAGCCGUCCAGUCCUACCCCCAAAGAGCACGACCACAAACAGCAGCAGCGCCUCAGGUAGAAAGGCCACAGUCUCCCCUGGGCCCUGGAAGAUUCCUGGAUCAGACAAGCUGCCCAGCACACUGCGGUCAGGCACGUCUACGCUGAGCAGAUAACAGCACUAUGUGGACCGGAGCAUCUUUUGAACUACAGAUCAAACUACCUAAUUGAAACUUACUUUUUGUUGGGUACUCAAAGUCAAACUGAGGGGGACAUGUUUUCAAAGAACCUUUUAUUUAUGACACCUUUAAAUUAUUUUAGAGAUUUUACACCUACCACCUUAAAACUGGAAAACCAUUGAUGUUUUCACAAAUGGGAUCAGAAGAAUGUGUGCAGUUGUUGGCAAGAUGCAAACUAUAAGCAACUUUUUAACUGGAGUGGCAGAACUGUCAGUCACUCGUGGAGUUUUUUAUCUACAUAGUGGAGUCUAUUUUAUAAAAGAAGGAUUUGAAGUUGGAAGAACAACAGAACUUUGCCUUAACUGACUGGGUGGGCCUGAACUUUCUUGAACAUCAGACCAUAAUAGAGAUAGAUAUAAUAAAUGCAUAUGUGGCAUCAUUUGUAAAUAAGAUCACCUUUAAAUGAACAAAUUGACAAUGGGGUUCACACAUUAAACUUAGCUGAUUUUGAGGCCGUAGUUUGCUGGGUUCAAAAACUGUGGUUGCAGACUGCACUGUUUGUGUGAACCGUGUGUAUUUUAGUGGGACUGUCGACUCAAUCCAUCAUUUCUGCUUUUAAGUGUCAAAGCAAUCAGUGGUAAUGAAGUUGGGCAGAGUGCCUUAGACAAGUUUUGAGACUCUGCAACAUUUCAGACCGGCUGCUAUAAGACUGACUACACAGUUGGUAAAAAAAUAUACUGUAUUUUUUAAAUUGAGUAUUAGAUAUAUCGCAUUAACAGAGUUUUUAUGUGGAAAGAGCCUCAUUUCAAAUCAUUAUAGUUUUAUUACAGAGUUCUGACACUAACAUUUUAUUAAGAAUUUAAAUAAAUAUAUGUAACAAUGUUUAAGCUCAGAGCUGAUUUUGCACCAAAAACAAGACCAAAUAAUUACGGAUAAUUUGAAACCUCUAAUUAACUAUAAUUUUAGCUGUUAACAUAGUAAAAACAUCUGAUUUUCCAACCUUUGUGUAAGUUUAAUAGUGUGAAUUUAUACGGAUCUCCAUGCAUUAAGGUUAUAUUCUAUAGUAUGCAGUUCACACCUGAAAAAUGUAUUGGCAAUUGAAUAUAAAAAACAAGUACAUUUACUUCAUCAAAUUUAGUAUUUUUCUCACAUCUCAUUAUGAAAAUGCAUUGAUGGAUUUGAGGAACUGACCAAGUGACUUUGAAGCACAAGGUUUUGGAUUGGAUUUGUUGGGUUUGUCCAUGUCAUGGCACAAUGGUUCAUGCCCUCUGUCAUAAAGGAGCAGCGUGCAGAGAAAUUUCACUAGACUUAAACCAAAUGCAACAUUUCAGACAAAAGGUAGCACCUGCCAUCAUCAGCUUAAUAGAAAUGUAUGUUUGUUACUUCUGUGUGAAACAGAAAAAAGUCUAUAUUUGUUAGCAUUCGCACAACUCAUUGCUGUCCAUAUUUGAGCUGCCAUACAGCCAAAAGGUUUGUUAGUUUAUAUACAACUAAAAAAAAGUAUCUGGAAUUGUGUGUUGACACUCCAGCAUCUCAGCAUCACUGUGUUGUCCUAUAGCAAUGUCUAGACCUAACAAAUAUCUCUAUAAAUAUGACUUAUUAUACUAUUGAUGGACACAAAGACUAUAUGUGGAGCAACUAUUUUUUAUGAAAGCAACAUGUGGAUAUAUUAACUUUUGCAGAAAUCUUGUUUACCUGUAUAAUAUUCUGAAAGAAAAGUGUAAAAAAUAAAAACUUGACACAGCAUAUAAAA